CCCUCUAAAACCACUUCCAGUUUGACCAACUGAGCUAGUGCAACUUAUAAUCAUGCUUAAAGCAAAGGCGUGGAUCCUCAAAAAACACUUUGAGGGCUUUCCUAAAGAAAGCAACUUCGAGCUGAAAGAAGUAGAUCUGCCAGAGCUUCAGGAUGGAGAUGUGCUUGUGGAGGCGAUUUAUUUCAGCCUUGAUCCAUACAUGAGAUCUUUGAGUAAAAUGUUUCUGAAAGAGGGGGAUGUACAGUAUGGAACUCAACUGGCGAAGGUGCUGAAGAGCAAGGACCCAGCAUUUCCUGAGGGAUGUUGUGUGGUUGCUGAUUGUGGCUGGAGGACACACACUGUAACCAAAGCAAAGGGCCCAGGAGGGCCCAUCCUGACCCGGAUAGUAUCCGAAUGGCCCACUGACAUCCCUAUGUCUCUGGCCCUUGGAUCCUUGGGGAUGCCUGGUUUAACCGCUCUGUAUGGGCUAGAAGAGGUUUGUAAGAUUCAGCCCGGUCAGACGGUUCUAGUGAGUGCAGCAGCAGGUGCUGUAGGUACAGUGGUGGGUCAAAUUUGCAAGAUCAAAGGCUGCAAGGUUGUGGGAUCAGCAGGAGGUGAUGACAAAGUGGCGUAUCUGAAAGAGCUGGGCUUUGACCAGGCCUUCAACUACAAGACUGUCCCCUCACUGGAGGAAGCACUGAAGAAUGCUUCACUUGAAGGAUACGACUGCUACUUUGAGAGUGUGGGAGGGCCCAUGUUUACCGCAGCACUGAAAAACAUGAAGCCCGGUGGUCGUAUCGCUGUCUGUGGUGCAAUAGCCACGUACAAUGACACUACACCACAGAUGUGCCCUUAUCCUCACCAUGAAAUAAUUGUACGGUCAUUGACGAUACAAGGUUUUAUGGUGACAAACUAUAAAGAAAAGGAUGAGGAGUCUGUCAAGAGAAUGCUUAAAUGGAUGAAAGAGGGUAAACUAAAGGCAAAGGAAAUGGUCACUGUUGGCUUUGAGAAGCUGCCAAUCGCCUUCAUGAAGAUGCUAAAGGGGGAUGGACUUGGGAAAGCUAUUGUUAAAGUCUGAAACAGGCUCAGAAAUCCAUCUUAAAAUGAAAAUAUUAUAUGCAAAUAAGUGACAGUGUGACACAUUUGUACAAUUACGGCCAAAAAACAUUACUGCGUCGAAUGCUACAGUAUAAAAGUGUCAUGAUUUCAACUGUUUUAACUGAAUAUGUUUACAAAUAAAGUUACAUAAAGCCUCUGA